GUGUCCGGUGGCUCUUGGUGAUGAAAUCAUCAGCUCGCGCCCCGAUGAGGCUGAUCAUCAGUCGGCUAAAUCAAACUCAGCGAAAUGAGGGGCUAAAUCAAGAUAGGAUGGAGAUUAUUAGGAGCUGGACGCAGUCAGUUCGACAGGAUAUAUGUCCAGAAAUAUCAAGAGGGACUAACGAGAUCAAAAGCAGUGCUGGGAAAUACAUUAAUGGGGAAGUUUGCUAGUUAGCCGUCGUUAGCUCGACAGGUACACAAUCUGCUUGUUAUAAAUAAAGAAACUGUCAGACGCUUUUAUCCAAAGUAAUUCACUUGAUUCACUUUGUUUCUGACGGUUAUUAAAUGCGACCAUUUAGGCAGGUAUGGUAAAUCAACUAAUGUUAACGAACUGCAUAGGACAAGAUAAAAAAAAGUGAUUAAAGAUUGACAGGCCUCUAGAGUCAGGCGGUUGUUACUGUACUUGAGGGGUUAGAUACAUUUUAAAAGAGCAGAUCGUCAAGAAAAUACCUCUUAAAAUGGGGGUAAACUGGACCAGAAGAGAAACACACAGUUGUGGUGGGUUUAUCAUGGCUCUGGCUGCUGUGAUCUUCUCCUGCCUUUUGAUUGGAGUCACUGGUCAAGAUGGACAGGCCAUGACAGCAGAGGAAAAGUCCAAAAUCAGGGAACAAAUUCUAGAGAUGUUUGAUCACGCCUAUAACAGUUACAUGGACUACGCCUACCCAGCAGAUGAGUUGAUGCCCCUCAGCUGUAGAGGGAGGGUGAGAGGGCUGGAACCCAAUCGAGGGGACAUCGAUGACUCUCUGGGAAAGUUCUCUCUAACAUUAAUAGAUAGUUUAGAUACCCUUGUGUUGUUAAACAAACUGGAUGAGUUUGAGGAGGCUGUGAGGAAGACAGUGAGAGAUGUCAGACUGGACAAUGACAUAGUUGUCUCUGUCUUUGAAACCAAUAUCCGUGUGUUGGGUGGCUUGUUGGGUGCACAUGUGAUGGCAGAUGUUCUUAAGCAGCGUGGAGAGAGGAUGCAGUGGUACAGAGAUGAACUGCUACACAUGGCCAAAGAACUGGGUUACCGCCUCCUGCCUGCCUUUAACACCACCAGUGGCCUUCCUUAUCCUCGGGUAAACUUGCGCUAUGGAGUCGUCAAUCCCCUUUCUCGUACAGGCACUGAGUCAGACACUUGCACUGCUUGCGCUGGGACCAUGAUUUUGGAGUUUGCAGCUCUCAGCCGACUGUCUGGGGACACAAUAUUUGAGGAACACGCUAGGAAAGCUAUGGACGUCCUCUGGGAAAAGAGGCAAAGAGGAAGUGACCUUGUCGGCACCGUGAUCAACAUCCACAAUGGAGACUGGGUUCGCAGGGAUAGCGGUGUUGGCGCUGGAAUCGACUCUUAUUAUGAAUACUUGAUGAAAGCUUAUAUUCUUCUCGGGGACAAGGUGUACCUUGAGAGAUUCAACACACACUACAGUGCCAUUAUGAAGUACAUCAGCCAGCCUCCUCUGCUGCUCAAUGUGCACAUGCACAACCCCACCGUAAAUGUGCGCAGCUGGAUGGAUUCCUUGCUCGCCUUCUUCCCUGGACUACAGGUUCUGAGAGGAGAUUUGAAACCUGCCAUAGAGACACAUGAGAUGCUGUACCAAGUGACUAAACAGCACAAUUUUCUCCCUGAGGCCUUUACCACCGAGUUCAGAGUUCACUGGGGGCAGCACCCGCUGAGACCGGAGUUUGCUGAGAGCACAUAUUUCCUUUACAAAGCCACAGGUGAUCCGUACUACUUGAAAGUGGGCCAGUCUAUAGUGGAGAAGCUGAAUGCUCACGCUCGGGUCCCCUGCGGUUUCGCUGCCGUGCAGGAUGUGAGGACAGGAACGCAUGAGGACAGGAUGGAUUCCUUCUUCCUGGCUGAGAUGUUUAAGUAUCUCUACCUGCUCUUCUCAGAAAAGAGUCAGUUGCCCAUAGACAUUGAUGACUAUAUUUUCACUACUGAGGCUCAUUUGCUCCCAGUGUCUCUAUCUACGACCCAGCCCUCCUGCCAUACUAACAACACGGAACCUCAAGCUCAUGAAGAUGAUUUGUUUUCAUACUCAUGCCCCAGUGCUCAAACCCUGUUCCCUAACAACCCCACCUUCGCCAAGACUAUCAGAGACGGCUAUAAAUACCUCACCGGUGUGGGAAGAGCCCAGCAGGCCUCAUCUGUUAGGGGGAUUGAACUGCCUCUUCAUGACACUGGCCUGGAGCCAGUCGAGUUUCUGAAAAGCAUGGGCAUCUCUCUUACGCCUCUCACUGAGCUGAUCUCCGCAAGCCAAGGCUCAGCAUCUCAGGACUCUCAGAAGGGUGUGUUCAAGUUGAAGCUGGUUGCUGAGGUGAGCCAAACCCCUGAGCAUGAAGAAGUGGUGCCACUGAUUGUGCAGCUCAUUUCCCCUCCAUUUUUGGGUCGAACAGUCCUUACGGCUGGUCCUGCAAAGUUUGGAAUGGAUCUUACCAAACAAGAGCAUGGGGUGAAAGGUAGUAUUGUGAAGAGUGUUCCUUACAUGGCGUGUGGUCCCAUUGAGAAUGCAGUAGAGCUGCAGGGACACAUAGCACUGGCAUUGAGAGGAGACUGCAUGUUUGCUGCUAAAGCUCGGCGCCUGCAGGAAGCAGGAGCCAUUGGAGUCAUCUUCAUUGAUCACAGAGAGGGGAGCAGCAGUGCUGAGACGCCACUGUUCCAGAUGGUUGGAGAUGGAGAACCUACAGAUGACAUCACGGUUCCCCUGGUGUUCCUCUUCAGCAAAGAGGGAGCUACACUCACUGCUGCUCUGCAAGAACAUCACAACGUGGAUGUCCUCCUGCUCCCCAAAGAGAAACAACUGGGAAAAGAAAAACCUGAGAAGUUAAAUAUUAAGUUCCGUCUUGCUAAGGAAGGAGAGCUUUCUGAGGGUGAGACCGAAAGCACUACCAUCCAGCUGGUGCUGGAGCAAAGCGAGAGCACCACAGAGAGGGACACCGAGGCUGCGUCGUUGAUUGGAGACAACCAGAAGACUUGCACCUUUACGCAGAAAGACCCUGAGAACAGCCCCUGACAGCGGGAUCAUCCGUGACCAUGGUCCCCUCCGCAGAACGCAGGGCUGUUGCUCCGUCACUGACCUCAGAUCAGAAAAUGCAGGCUGUGCUAUGGUGUUUCUGCUAAGCCUGAACUGUACCAUCUGAUCUCCUCACGGGGGAUAAGAAGUCUCCCCCCAUUAAGAUGGUCUUAUCUUGCAUAGUUGGAACUAUAUUGAUCUUCACAGAGCGAGAUGGUGUGACAUGCAAAUCUCACUGAUGUGGUGGUAGUUGGUAUAGAUUCUUCUCAAUUGUCUAUAUUUGAAAAGCAAUCACUUUUGGAAUUAAAGAGGUGUACAAGAUGUUCUCUCACACCAAUCGAUGUGGAUCAGACUUGAUUUGAAUGAUUUUCUUUGUCUUUUUCUUUCACAGCAGAUCACAGGUUCUCAGUCCUGUGUGUUUUUAAUUCAUCCUCAAAAUUAAAGUGGCUUCAGGACAUCUAUAACACAGGGCUCCUAUGACCAAACCCCAAAAAAACAGUGUUGUAGUUAUUGCAGAAGAUGUUUAAAUGAGGGAGAAUGAACCAGUAUGACAUAGUUUACCAUGUGUUCAAUACAGAAACAUCAGGGAAAUCAAUGAACUAUGACUUGAACAUGUUUGCAUGUGUGUAUGUGAAAGGCAUGUACAGUGCCUUUAUCAUUAUGUCACAGAUAGUGUGCAUUUCCUCAUGUGCCAAUACUUAAUCUGUGUAUUUGUAUGUGUGUGUGCAUAUUUGCUGCCGACGCAUUUGUCCUGCCUACAUGCAAGACUGGUCAAGGAAGAUUUUUGAGAGAGCUGGCCUUUCCUCUACCGCAAAGUAUGUGUUGUAACGCUUCUGUCAUAAAGGCCCAGGACACAGAUUAUAUAGUGAUAAUUACAUGUUUUUGUGCAAGGAGAAAGAAAUGACUAUUAGUCUUAUAUUUGUCCUUAAUUUUGCAAUUUCUGAAAACCCCCACUGUCCCACGUGCAGUUUCACCAUCACAUUGGAGGUGUUCCUCACACUAGAUUUAUUGCUUUCUACAUAUCACUUUGUCUUAGAAUAUUUGAAAUGAAUCAUAAUUAUUAGGGUAGCUUUUGCAUUGAGUGUUCAUUGCAAUUCAAGUUUGUUUCACACAGCCAUACUGUAGCUCAGACUCCAUAGUCAAUUAAACUCUUAACGUUUAAUACUCUUAUUUUAAUACGAUCUGUCACUUUAUAGCAUGUGGAGAACGGUUCAGCCCAAAACCUUUCCAUUUCAUGUCUUAAUUACAACGGCUGUUUUCAAAAGGAUGUCAACCUGUGUACCUCUUGUUUUACAAAGGGCUUAUGACUGAUUUACUUUAUUGUGUGGGCAUAAUACAGAUCAGAUGGGAAUAUAUUUAUUUCUUAAGAUAUUUUAUAUACAAUACUUGAGAUGAAGAUGCUUGUUAUUGAGGGCCAAAGUGAUGAAUAUAUUCUGUUGCUGUGACAGAACGAGAUUUUUAUAGUGUCUUUUUAAUAGCUGUUUUUGUACUGACUGAUGAAAUGUUAGUACUUGCCAUUAAAAUCAAGUUAUGACCCAA